AUGUAUCAUGAGCUGAUAUACUGUAUCAGGUGCACGGAGCAUAAGCGAAAUGAGUUCAUCAGCAUAGCUGACUCCAUCCGGGCGUGUGGACAGCAGCUGAACCGCACAAACAACUCCCGCGUGUGCACAUUUAGAUCAACGUGUGUGUAAAUUUUCUGCGAAGUGCGCAUCAAAUUUCAGCAACCCCGUCAGAAUUCAGACACAAUGGCCGAUCAAUCUGCACAAGAGGCCCAGGAGGCCAGGGCCAAGACGACCAAUAGUGCAUCGAGUUCCCCUAAAAAAAAAACAAAAACAAUAAUGCAUCGAUGAAUUACAGGCGAAAUUUUGGCGCCAAGAGUCUGGAACGCCUAUUCCAGAGCCCGCGAAAACGAGACCGCGCAAUAAAAAGCUCGAAGAAUCUUUCACACACGCCGCAACAUUCCCCACUCCCAGAGCGCCUGUUCCCCCGCCUCCGGCCAUGGACGCAGGCACCACCUCAGCGUAUCGCAACCGGAAGCGCCACCUCAACGGAAGGCCGUGUAACCCCAAGGUGAAGCGGCGCCUCUUCCCGCCGGAGGUCCCCAGCCCCGACCGCCGCGCCGCCGAGAUGGAUCGGCCGCUUCUCAAGCGACAGCGCCGCGUGGUGGCGCGAGCCGGCGGCCUGGUCGAUGCCGCCGCAGACACCAUGUGCCUCCUUGUGGAGAUGGGGUGGUACAGCUUCCCGGAGCUCAAUCCCCUCUUCCUGUCUCUCAGGCGCGUCGUGUCCGACGCGAUGCACGCCUGCGAAGCCGCGGUGGCUCCGAUGGAUGUCGACCCUGUCCUGUACUACGACUCGCCGGGCGGCGGCGACGACGACGACGGCUGGACGGGCUGCUCGUCGCCGCCGUCCUUCGUCGAGAGCGGAGCCGCGUUCGUGCCUGUCGACACCGUCAGAAGCAAGCGACGGGCGAAGGCCAACAGCAAGUAUUAUGGGCCAGAAUGGAGCAAGAAGUAGUUUGGGCCUGCGUGCCUUGAUUGGGCCCAGACGGCUCUGUUUUUUUUUUGUACGCCCACGCUUGUCGCUGCUAGCCUUCGUCGAGAAGAUAGAUGGGGAGGCGCUUUCAUGGCUAAGCCGGAUUCGCGCUUCACGGGUGGCUGAAGCGGAUUCUGUGUAGGUGGUCUGACAUUAACUGGUAGUAGUAGCAGUAUGUGUAGAACUAGCGCAGCAGUGCUCUCUAGUCUCUUUUGGUCGUUGCAGCUGAUUUUUGUACU